GAAGCAACAAAAUGCUUAAGGACCCACACGACUGACCUGGCAGAGAUGCGUGCUAUGAUGACCCGACUGGAGAAGGAGGGGAAGCUAGAUAUGUUGUUUGUUAUGAUGAACACCUUUUUAAGACGUGGUGGUAUUCAGGACCAUGAGCUGGAGAAAGUGCCAGUUAUUCAUAUUGCCGGUACCAAGGGCAAAGGUUCAACAAGUGCUUUCACUGAGAGCAUUCUCCGCCACCAUGGUUACCGCACUGGUCUGUUUACUUCACCACAUAUGUACCAGAUAAGGGAGAGAAUCUGCAUCAAUGGCCGACCAAUCAGCAAGCAGAAGUUUUGCCACUAUUUCUGGGAUGUUUUCAGAAAAUUUGAGGACUCAGUGUUUGAAAGCUCUCUUGAAGAGGGAGGACAAAUGCCUGGCUUCUUUGAUCUGUUGACAGUAAUGGCCAUGAGAGUGUUCAUUUCUGAGAACGUUGACGUGAUCAUCUUAGAGGUCGGCAAGGGAGGUUACACAGACAGAACCAACUUUGUACGCAAUCCGGUGGUGUGUGGUAUCACUUCCCUUGCCCUGGAACACACCGAGUCGCUGGGCAGCACAAUUGAGAAAAUUGCUUGGCAUAAAGCUGGGAUAAUUAAGACUGGCAGGCCAGUUGUUACACUACCUCAAGACCCCAGAGCUUUACAGGUCAUACUUGAUAUUGCCAAACAGAAGGCGGCUCCAGUCUACAUCGCUAUGCCCCUGCCUCAGAGCAUACUUGAUGAGUACUGCUUCACUCUGGGUAUCCGGGGACCUGUUCAGGUACAGAAUGCUGGUCUGGCCAUACAGUUGUUUCGAGCCUGGGAGACAUGGAAAGGAGUGACAAAACCAGAGCUGGUGAAUGGUAUUACAAAAAUAUCAUGUGUCGAGGACAUUCCCCGCCUGCACUGUGGCUCUCUGGAAGUAAAUGUUAUCAAAGGACUCUCAAGUUGCUUACUGCAUGGACGGACAGAAAUCAUUCGCCGGGAUAAUGUAACCUACUACUUGGACUUUGCCCAUACCCAAGAAAGCAUGGAGCAUUGUACAGCAUGGUUUGAAAAGUCUGCUAAUGCUGAAGCUGCCACCCUGAGUGGCAAGAAGAUUGCUCGGGUCCUACAGUUCUACUGUCUUUCCGUGAAGGAUCCUCAGAAGUUGUUGCCAAUUCUAAAGAGUGUGAACUUCGAUGGGGCAACAUUUUGCUGGUGUAAAGCCUCUGAUGAGGAACCUCUGGGGCAGCAUUCAGAUCAGCGGUAUGCUAAAGUGGCUGCGGAUGUUGAGAAUGCCCUUGUGGGGAAGAUGAAGUCGGUUUGGGAGUCACUGCCGAAUACAUCACAAGACCUGUACAAGCAUGGUGAGCCAGUGAAUGGACAAGAACAUUUCAAACGAUACUACCCGCACACAAACGGGCCCACACCAGCCCGCUUGAAGCUGGGCAGUCAGGAGAGGUUAAAUUCCUCCAAUGAAAAUGAAACUGAUCACAUAUCGACCAAUGGUUAUGAUUCACAUCCAAAUGACACUAACUUAUUAGCCAAUGGGGAUGGGGUUCACAUUGCUGACAUGGAUUCUGGAACCGCAGAACAAAACCCUGCUGAGUUCAACAUAAUAUCACUGGCCAGCGAGCAUGGCAUUUACUUCCCCAACUUUGAUACUGCAACUCAGUCUGCUACCGAUCAUAAGCAUUCACUGACCAAUGGCAAGAUCAGUCACAACCAUGUGACUGACAGUCACGGGUCACCGACAUUUGACUGUGCACUCCAGGCUUUGGUGUGGGCCACACAAGGUAAGGAUCACUCUGUAGCUUCAUUCAUGAAAGCCCCGCAGGAGUUGUUACCAGUUGCACCCCUGCCCAUGAGAGAAGCAGACCAUAUUCAAGUGUUAGUUACGGGUAGUUCAAAACUUGUUGGGGUUGUGCUCUCAGUUCUGCUCCCCGAUAUGAAUGAUUGA